UAUCUUGCUAUGUCCGGCACGUACUUUUAGUGCAGAUACUUUACGUGAUUCCAAUGUAAACACAGUUAUUUAGAUGUUUAUUUAAUUACGUUUUCUAACCAAAAUAGAUAUGAUUUCUCGGAAAGAUGCCUCCAUUUAUAUUAUCCGAAUGAAGAAAAAUUAUUUGAGACUCGUCAAACCCUUGCUUAAGUUAUGUGCACGUUUAGUAAUAGGUUAGUAAAGUGCUGCAAAUUUUAUUUUUAACUCACCUGUUGGACCAAUUAAAAAUUAUCAAUUUCCGUUAGGUUGAUAGGAUGGAAGAGCUCCUCGAGAUCGAGCACUGGAAACGCAUCUCCAUCCUCGGUUCCGGUGCUUUUGGGGUUGUCGCCCUGUGGCAAAACACAAAUUCCGACGAUUACAUCGCUAUAAAAAAGUGCAAAUUCAAAACUAGUGGUCACCUCAGUGACCGACAAAAACAGCGAUGGGAAAACGAAGUCCAAAUUAUGAAAACAUUAAAUUGUCCGAAUAUAGUCUCAUUUAAAACGUUGCCCCCACAUUUGGAGGCUGUUUUGCUCAAGUAUAACCCAACGAGACUGCCGUUGUUGUCCAUGGAGUAUUGCAGGAAGGGAAACCUGAGACGACUACUUAAUCAAGCGAAAAAUUCAACAGGGAUGCUGGAAAGUGACGUCAGGAUUUUCUUAGCUGAUAUUACUCAAGCAAUUUCUUACUUACAUAAACAGAAUAUUACACAUCGAGACAUAAAACCGGAGAAUAUUGUUUUGCAACAUUGUAAUACUAGACCUGGAGAUGUUAUUUACAAGUUGAUUGAUCUAGGAUAUGCUAAAGAAUUGAGUGAUUCUGUUGUUAGUUUUGUGGGGACGUUGAAUUAUCUAGCGCCUGAGAUAAUGAAAGCGGAAAAUUAUGACUUUAGUGUUGAUUAUUGGUCGUUGGGGAUUAUUGCAUUUGAAGUCAUUUGUGGGGUUUUGCCAUUUUUGCCCCAUUAUGCCCCGAUGGAAAGAUUCUCAUAUAUUGAAAGAAAAAAACCGGAACACAUAUGUAUCUACCAAUUGCAUUCCGGUAGUGUUAUGUAUUCAUCUGAAUUAUUAAAAGAAAAUCACAUUUCCACGUGUCUUAAACAAAACGUUGAAAUUUGGCUCAAACAUGUCUUACAAUUCGAUCCAAUGCUACGACGAGCUAAUUUCCCAGACAACUCAAACGUCUUCGACUAUUUGGUCAAUAUUUUAGAUAAGAAAAUCAUUAACGUAUUUUCAGUACAUACGUUGGAGUUUUAUUCUUACGAAAUCAACGAAAGUAUUUUAAUAAGUACCCUAAAAGACUGGAUAGCGCGUGAUACAAAAGUUCACAAAAGUGAUCAAAUUAUAUUAAGUAAUUUAUGUGUUUUUGAUAUUAAAGACAACAAAUACGUUGUGGAUAUUCUUGCAAAGGACGAUCUAAACCUCUUUGUAUUCAAGAAAGGUGCUUUCAUCCACAGAGAAACCUUUAAGUUACCAAAAUACGUCUCUAUACUGUUUGAGAAUUGCAUAACGGUGUACAAAUGGCGCGACUUGCGUGUCAUUUACACAAAAGUUCUGUUUUUUCUUACUCAGCAAAGCACAAUGUUGGUUUCUCUCAUAACAGCUUUCCAGUUAUGUGUUCAGUAUAUAAAUUUCCUGAAUAUUAAAUUGAAAGACAGCAUGCUGCAAAUCAACAAAACUUUAACUACUCUUCUUGUCCGAGUUGACUGUUAUUAUAAUAUUAAUAAUAGUGACAAUAAAUUGGAUAUGGAGUGUGCCAACGUAUUCCGACAACUCUUGCUGCAAUUUCUACAACUGAUGGCAGAUUUAGAAAGAAGUAUCCAUAAUCACAACGAUUUGCUUAAAAAAGUUGAUAUUUUGUGCAAGAGGCAAGUCGUGUUGAAUAAAGUCCUUGCAAAUGUCACCCCAAUACUUAAAGAUUGUGAUUUAAGCAAUGCAAUUGAGCGAGCUACAGACUUGAUUCUUAAAGGUCCCAGUAGUAGUCAGGAGUUUACCCCUAUUGAAAUGGUGAAAAUUGUCUCAAGUGUACUCAAAGAGAAGGAUAAGUUAUUAAAUAAUAACAAUUUUCAGAGUUAUUCAAAGGCCAUGUUGGUUGCAAUUAAAGACGUUGAGACACUGCAAUUGUGGAUGGAUAAGUUUCACAAACAUUUGAAGGAUCUGUCUCAAGCAAUAAACGACAAUCAGAAAGAACAAUAUCAAACUCUAAUUUCAUCACUGAAGCCGCAAAAAAAGAAUUAUUUACUUGAUGGUUAUUCGAAUCGAAUGAUCCACUGGGACGCUGAUACUCUCAUAAACGAGAACCAGGAAUUACGUUGCCAGUUUGAAGAAGCUUUCGGACAAAUGUUUGUUGAACAAAAAUUAUUUCGUGAUGAAGUUCAAAAAUUAUCUCUACAGUUUUAAUUUUUUAUAAUGUUGGAAUGUAUAUUUUUAUUAAAUAAUUUAUGUACUGUUAUUAUUACCACAAUAUUUUUUUUA